AUGCGUCCAAAGAACGAAUACAAGGAGUUUCAGCUUGUGCUCCGAGUGAAAAAUGAUAAAAUCAUAACCAGAAAACCCAUCCGGUUGACGAAAAGAUCCUCCAACGGGUGUUUAAAUUGCAAACGAAAGAAGAUCAAAUGCGACGAAACUAAAGAUCAGUGUAGGAGAUGUCUACGGAGUGGUAUGUCGUGUGUGUGGGGACCUGAAAAGGCCAAAGUCGUUCCAAAACCUGAGGCUCAGAACGGUCAGGAUUUGGUGCCACAUGUCCAGAAUCUUCCUCUCAUUAGAAGCCUCGGUCUGCAAGUAGGAGAAGCACCGCUUGAUGCGAUGUUUUUUGCCUUCUUCACCAACGGUUUUCUUCCCACGAUAGCCAAGCCUCACUUCUACGAAAAGCUUUCUUCGCAGGGCCUACUUUUGUCUGCGGCAGACAACUCAGCGGCGCUACGAGAGAUCUACAUUGCAUGUGGAGCUUCUCUCGCAGCCAGAGAGGAUGUGCGAUGCAAAGACGUCGCCCAGAGGAGAUACAAGAAAGCGCUUGAGCUGUUUGUGAAGCUCAUGAAACAUGGCAGAGUCAACGGCUACGAAGACUGGUUUUUCGUGGCUGUGCAAGUGCUUCAAACGUUGUGUCUUCGAGACUCGUUUUCGGGCUCCAAUGCCACGCGAUGUGCAGCUCAUUUCAACGCCGCUUACAAGGUCAUUGCCCAUCGGCUUUUUGCAGAGCACUGUGUGCGUUCUCCCUUGGAGAAAAUGAUGAUUGAGAAUUUCAUUUUCAACUACUCCAUCACGAUAUUCUACUGUGAAAAGGCGCAGAUCGAGGCGCUCAUUCCUAACCCGUUUGACUUCUUCGCCCACGCCAACUCCAAACUCAAUGAAAUGUCGCUUGUCGAUGGGAGCCCGCAAACCAGCCGCAUGUCGAUGCAAGCAUUUCAGAUUGCUGCCAAAUGCUCGUGGCUGUGUCGUCUCCAUUACCCGCUUCUGGCCGCAGACCAACGCUUACAUUGGGAGAUGUUUCUGCUUGCCGAAACGCUCCUCUUCUCUCUCGACUCGACAAACUACGAUAACAACACAGUGCAAGUGCAAAACACCGUCUACAUUGCCAAAGUGGUUCUUCGCGCGUCGAUCAUAUUGCUUCGCAAAAUGCUUUUCCCCGGUACGAGAGCGGUCGACUUGCAAGACAUCGUAAAGGCUGCGGUAAACGACAUCAGCCAACCUUGCAACGAAAAGGUGAUUUUCCCCAUUUGGGCAUUGAUGAUCGGCGCCAGUGCAUCACUUGACGCAUCAUGCAGGCGGUUUUUCGUCCGGCGUUUGGAGUGCUUGUUUCUGUGGUCCAAGUCCCAGAUUGCAAAACAGGUGGUGAUACAUCUCGAGGGCCUUUGGGAAUUGUACAAAAAUGACGAGCCCUUCGAAUUGCUUUUCAACAGCGAUGUGUUAGACGAGGUAUGUAGAUAG